AUGUCGUCGCUCGACGAUCUGCUCACCAGGCAAGACGCCAACAUCGUGCAACUUUCCCGUGCCCUGCCCAAUUUGAAAAAACUUGGAGUGAACAAUUUCACGAUUUCCAAGGUGAAGAAUCGGCUUGCUGCUUUGGAGAAGGUGUGGGGAGAGCUGCGGGACACCAACUUCCAGCUACUCCAUUUUGCCUCCGAGGAGGAUAAGGGGCAGCUCGAAUACUUCACGCGCAAUGUUUUCUUCCGAGCGGAAGAAAUAUACCUCGAGGCUUCCGAUUACAUGACCGAGGCCAUCGGAUCCCUGGACCAUGCAGUUUCUUCUCGGACCAUCUCCGGAGACGCUAGUGCAAUUAAUUCGACUAUAGCAAAUAUCUCCGCGACUAGACUCCGCAGAAUCGAGCUUCUCGAAUUUUCCGGCGAUCGACUAGACUGGGAGCAUUUUCGCGACAUGUUCGAAUCGUUGGUUAUAAAUGACCUGUCAUUAACUAAUGUCAUGCGAUUACACCAUUUAAAGGCGAGUCUCAAAGGCAAUGCUGCUCUUUUAUUGCGCCAUUUCAAAAUAACCGAGAGUAACUUCGAGUCCGCGUGGAAAGCAUUAACCGAUGAAUUUGCGAAGACGCGUUUGAUAAUCAAUUCACACUUACACGCGAUUGCGGAAUUGCCAAUUCUCAAGAACGAGACGGCUAGCGCGCUUCGCAAUUUACGCAACGUGGUGAAAUCGUCGGUAGAUGCACUCUCGAAUUUAGGCCGUCCGGUCGACAAGUGGGAUGAUCUCCUGAUAUUCAUUCUCGUCAAGAAAUCUCGAAUCUACUCGAACACGUCAAGAGUGGCAGAUGGAGUUAGGAGACACCUGAUCGAUGAAUCACGAAAAUGCCCUGCUUGUUCUGAGAGCCAUUUGCUCUUCCGGUGUAAACAAUUCUUUCCCUUGAAUGCGGAUCAGCGUUUCGCUCUCGUCAAGAAGUUGAAAUGUUGCGUCAAUUGUUUGCGUCUUGGUCAUGCGACCACUGCUUGUACAAAUUCGCGCAAAUGUUAUAAAUGUGAUAAGCCACACCACACGUCUUUGCACCGCGAUAAUAAGCGUUUCGAAACCAAUGCGAAUUCCGAGGACAAUUCCGCGAAUACUGCCGAUGUAAACAAGCCAAUUGCUGGUCCAUCGGUUCUCACUGCGUCGACAGGAGCGCCGAGGAAUUAUGCCACGGUAUUACUCGCCACCGCCUGGGUGAAAUUGCGUACCCCCGACGACCGAACGGUACGAGUGCGUGCUCUGCUCAAUCAGGGAUCAACGCAUUUGUUCAUCUCGGAAACAUUAGCCCAAAAUCUCCGCACGCCCCGUCAACGUAUGGCACUGCCUGUGACGUGCUUCGGAGAGCAAUAUUCGGGCACCGCAAAAUCCAUGGUCAACCUCGCUGUCGAGUCGUGUAAAUCGAAUGACCCAUCGCUUCCGGUGACAGCCUACGUAUUCAAUAAAAUCACCUCAUACAGUACCUCUAAGAGAAGCUCCGUCUCGAAGUGGCCGCAUUUACGCGAUCUCGCUGAUCGUUCGUCGAUUCAACUUCUCAUUGGAGCGGACAUAUACGGAGCUGUAUUAUUAGAAGGACUCCGCAAGGGUCCACUGGGCAGUCCUACUGCGCAAUGCACAAUUUUCGGAUGGAUUGUUACCGGUCCCGUUAACGAGACAGACGCGCAAGCGUCAGUUUGUGCUGCCUCCGUAAACAGCACGUCUGUGGAUCUUGAUAAACUCCUCGUGCGUUUUUGGGAAACAGAAGAGGUUCCCUCGAAAUCAAUUCUCACGGCCGAUGAAGAAAGCUGCGAAACGCAUUUUCGCACGACUCACAGUCGGGAGGAGAGUGGACGCUAUAUCGUCCGCUUUCCGUUUAAGCAGUCGCCUCCGCCGAUCGGAGAAUCAUUGUCAAUCGCUUCGUGCCUUUACGGCAAACUUGAAAGACGACUUUCUCGCGACCCGUAUCUCGUCCUUGAAUACAACUCGUUCCUCCAAAAAUAUCGAGAUUUAGGCCACAUGGAGCUCAUCCCCGCGACGGAACUAUCAUGCUCCUCCGUUGUCUACCUUCCGCAUUACCCGGUAAGGAAGAAGGACGGCCUGACGACUAAAAUCAGGGUCGUAUUUAAUGCUUCAUGCAACACGUCAAACCAAACGUCGCUGAACGACCACUUGUUCGUUGGACCCAAACUCCAGACCAAUUUACCGACCAUCUUGAUGAGAUGGCGGCAACAUAAAUUCGUCUACAUUUUGGACAUCGUGAAGAUGUUUCGCCAAAUAUUCAUGCACCCCGCGGACAGGGAUUAUCAACGAAUACCUGGAGAUCUUCUCCGCAAUCUGCAAUUCAGUCGUACCGUUUACGUACGGUUACGCGGUUUCCGUCUUCGGAAGUGGGCCGCUAACCACGACGCAAUGCUCGAAGACGUACCACAGGAGGAUCGAGCUGUGACAAGCAAGUACCCUCUAGAAGAGGAAUCCAGCAUCAAGGUUCUCGGCAUUUCGUGGUCCCCGCGAAACGACUCGUUUAAAUUCAAGGUCUCGCUCCCGCCCUCUGCGGCUUCGACUAAACGGUCCGUGCUUUCUACAAUCGCACGAGUCUUCGAUCUCCUAGGGUGGGCUACGCCUGUAGUCAUCGUCGCAAAAAUACUGAUGCAGGAGCUAUGGAUACGAAAAUGUGACUGGGACGAUCAUCUUCGCGAAGACCUCAACGAAAGGCCAUGGGAGCUGUCGCUUAUAUGCGAACUACUUACUUACUUUAACGCCGACGUUAAGGUAGUCCUCAUUGCGGCGAAAUCAAAGGUAGCGCCUAUUAAAACCUUUAGCAUCCCGAGAUUGGAGUUGAACGCGGCCGUGCUUCUCGUCAGACUCUUCCGUUACGUUACCAAGACUAUGCCACUAAUCAACGUUCCGACAUAUUGUUGGACAGACUCCACUAUCGUUCUCGAGUGGCUGAAGAAACACCCAUCCACGUGGACGACAUUUGUGGCCAAUCGGUGGUGGACCGGCCCCACCUGGCUGCGAGAAUCACCUACAUCAUGGCCGAUCUCAGCAUGCCGUAUCCACGAGGAGAUGGGCGAGCUGGAUCGCAAAAUAGCGGCCGAACAUCGCAAAGCUGUCGUGACGCACGCCGAAGUUAGGCCGAAUCUACUCGCGCUUAACGAUCUCCCUAAUCGAAUGUCAUCGUGGACUCGCUUACUACGAGUUACGGCGAACAGAGAAAGAAUUAUCGACGACAUUUCGCCGUAUCGCAACAGUUCAGAUUUGGGAACGCAAUUAGCCACCGAUGGCACUUCGUGGCACUUUAUUCCCCCCGCGGCGCCUCACUUCGGUGGUAUUUGGGAGGCGGGCGUAAAGAGUAUGAAACACCACCUACGUCGGGUUGUCGGUAAUCAUACACUCUCGUCGGACGAGUUCGCGACGCUUCUCUGCCAAAUAGAGGCAUGUCUCAACUCGAGACCCAUUUCCGCCCUCACGGCUGAUCUAGAAGACUUCGCGACGUUGAUCCCUGGACACUUCCUGAUUGGAGCUCCAUUGGCAGCCGUUCCCGAGGAGUCAGUGCUCGAGCUCCAGGAGAAUCGAUUGUCGAGAUAUCAACGGGUACAAGCGAUGCUCGAGCACUUCUGGCAGACAACGAUGUUUUGCACCAUGUCAACCGUGAAUAAUCAGAUCAACAAACAGCAGAGUGCGAAGAAGCUGCAAUUACCCAACGAGUAUGUCGUUUCUUUAGCUACAUCUUUAAACUUAAUUGUUAUACUUUUAAACUAA